GACGUCUCAAGAUUUAGCCGCUCGUUGUAAAUAGAGGGCCUGGAGCAAUAUGGCGCUCUGCAUCUGUUCAGCGCGACCAAAAGCCGCAGCAUGUUACAGACGUCUCUACUCCUCCUAUGCCCAUUAUUACAAUUCUGUUGUGGCUACAGUCUGGAGAUGAUAAGUUCAUUUUCAAUUAUACAUCACCCAUGCAGAAGUAUCUCAAGCUUUGGUGACCAGAAAGUCCAUGUGCCUUAAACAGAGCUCAUAUGAAUGGAAGGAUUGAGGAAUGUGGAGCUGGUGCCAUUGCUGCUGAAGAGGCCCUAUCAUGACCAAAAGAGGAAUCUUAUAAAUGAUUCCAACAUUGAAGAAUUAUGGCUGAUGAGAGCCAUAGAUCAUUCUGUGAUUCACUUCAAUAUCUUGUGCUCAAUUGCCCCAGCACAUCAGCGUUUGAGUUCACAGGAUGAUGUAGUCUGUGAUAAGUUCAGAGAGAAAUUCUCCAAUCUCCAAGUAGACUUCAUCAGUGAUGACAUCUUGAAACAUGAUUCAGCAAAAGGGGAAUGGAGAGGUUUCUGUGAUGGUUUCAAGGAAAUCAUUGAAGACAUUUUUGCCACUCUGUUAAGGUUGGACAGCAGUGGGGAAUACACUGAAGAAAAUACCAUUUUUGUGCCUUGCAUCCAGUUCCUUGCUAUUGAGGUGGCCAGAAAUAGGGAAGGAUGGAACCAUAUGGUGCCACCACCACAGCUGUGUGAGACUAGGAACAUGAGUGAAGUGGUGGAUCAGAAUUUCCUGCAGAUUCUGCCCAACAUCCUUGGAGACAUUGAGAGGUCAGCCUUCGUGGCCUUUGAUGCAGAAUUCACUGGGAUUCUUCAUCGUGAAUGCCUCAAACCCAGCCUGUUCGACACCCCUGAGGAGCGAUACAGGAAGAUGUCAGCGUCUAUGGAAAACUUUGCGAUCUGUCAGUUGGGCUUGGCUGUGUUCAUCCCGGAAGGGUGUUGCUUCCAUGUCUCUGUCUACAACUGCUACAUCUGCCCUAAGGCAUUUGGGAGUGUCGAUCGGCGCUUCUCUCUUCAGGCCUCUUCUCUUCGCUUUCUUCGCAGGCAUAACUUUGACUUCAACAAGUCCCGAUUUCAAGACAUCGAAGCAGAAGAAGACAAAGUGACGCCAUUUACAAACACGUUUAUCUUCUCUGACGGGAAGAUAGAGUUGGUGGAAGAGAAGUUGCAGCUAGAAAUCAUAGGCCUUAAGUGCAUCUCCGUGCUCAAGAGCAGAGGAGUCGGGUGCCUGAACUCGAGGGAAGAAAAGGCAUUGAGAAAGAUGUUGGCAGAGCAUCGGGGAAUGGAGAGUGUCGAGCAUUUCAGCAUGAUUGAGGAACAGGACACUGUAGAGGUGAUUUGCUCAAGCGUGGCCGAGUGGGUCAUUCAGGCAAAGGUCGGCGAGGAGUUCCCCGUCCAGGAGUGCUUUCCUUCUGACCCUACAUCCCGCUACAUCCUUCAUUCAGAAAUCCGAUAUCGAUUCCCAGACGUUUGGACGAUCAUUAGGGAUCACCAGGACUUCACGUUGGAUGGACUUUUGCUUUUGGGGUCCACGCCCGAGUUAUCUCAUGUUGGCCUCAUGAUGAGGGAUGAAAAAAAAUUGGAUGACAGUGCUGAUUUAUCCAAAAUACUCGAACCCCAAAGGUUCGUGGUGCAAAAAGUUGGGAAAGAGUGGCGACAGGAGUCGAAGGGAAACGAGAAGUCCAAUGCAGAGGAAGAGCUGAUUGCGGCCAUGCGAGGCUUUUCCGUCGUCUUGGACGCCCUUGCGACUUCCAAGAAACCCGUCGUCGCCCACAAUCUCUUCCUCGACCUCCUCCUCGUCUACCAUCAAUUCCACGAUCCUCUCCCA